AACUGGAUCGAUCGUUUGCCUCCAAAAGUAGCGCCAUAUAUUUAUUUGCUCAGAUUAGACAAACCAAUUGGAACCUGGCUUUUAUUCUGGCCAUGCGCCUGGAGUAUUACAUUAGCAGCCUCAGCCACUAAUGCAUCGGUCACUCAGACGGGUGCCAUGCUGGCUUUAUUUGGAGCAGGUGCCUUGACAAUGCGUGGUGCGGGAUGUGUGAUUAACGACUUGUGGGAUCGUGAUAUCGAUGACAAGGCAGGUUCGAUUUUCAUAUACGUCGAGAGAACAAAGGUGCGUCCUAUUGCAUCAGGUGCAAUCUCUCCUGCCAAAGCAAUAGCAUUUCUAGGAUGCCAAUUAUCUGUAGGUCUUGCUGUCUUGACUCAAUUGAACUGUAUAUUUCUCGGCGCUUCAUCUCUUUCUCUUGUGGUUUCAUACCCUCUUAUGAAACGUGUUACUUAUUGGCCCCAGACUGUUCUUGGUCUGGCCUACAAUUGGGGUGCUCUUCUUGGGUGGUCUGCAAUGACUGGUUCUCUUGACCUUGCGGCGAUUGGACCAUUGUAUGUUGGUGGUGUUGCAUGGACACUUGUUUAUGAUACAAUUUAUGCCCAUCAAGACAAAGCAGAUGAUGUCAAGAUCGGAGUCAAAUCUACUGCCCUGAGAUUUGGUGACAAGACAACCGAAUGGCUUACUGGUUUCUCUUCCGUGUUUGUCUCAAUGACAGCCCUCUCGGGUUAUAUGUGCGGCCAAGGGCUUCCUUUUUAUCUGUUGAGUGUAGGAGGUGUGGCUACUCAUCUUGCCUGGCAGCUAAAGACGGUUAACUAUAAUGAUCCUGCUGAUUGCUGGAACAAGUUCAAAUCCAAUACUUGGACAGGCGGGCUUUUGUGGUCUGGUAUUGUA